UCCUCCACCCUCUCUCCUGCCCCUGCCCCUGCCCCCGGCCCAUCCCCGGACCCUGUGAGAGUGAGGCGGAGUGCAGCUAUGCUGGAUGUGAGUAAAUGGCCCCUUUUCAGCCUUAUGGGGGCACAGGAGAUCGCCUCCAUUCGUCAGGCCUGUGUCUUCGGCACCUCCGCCAAUGAAGCCAUCUACAUCACUCACGACGAUGAGGUCUUCGUGUUUGGACUGAACUGCAGUAAUUGCUUGGGAACAGGGGACAGCCAAAGCACCAUAGUCCCCAAAAAACUGGACUGUCUGACCGGGAAGAAGGUGGUUAGUCUCAGCUAUGGCAGCGGACCCCAUGUUCUUCUUGCUACAGAGGAGGGAGAGUUGUAUGCAUGGGGACACAAUGGAUACAGUCAGCUGGGCAACGGGGCGACCAAUCAGGGCGUGUCACCGGUCCUGGUGGCCACAAACCUACAGAGCAAGAGGAUAACAGCGGUAGCCUGCGGCUCACACCACUCGGUGGCACUUACACAUGACGGAGAGGUGUUUGCCUGGGGUUACAAUAACUGCGGACAGGUGGGUUCUGGGUCUACCGCCAAUCAGCCGACUCCGCGUAAAGUAUCCAGCUGUCUGCAGAAUAAGGUAGUGGUGAACAUUGCCUGUGGCCAGACCUCCUCCAUGGCUGUGGUGGACAAUGGCGAGGUGUAUGGAUGGGGUUAUAAUGGAAACGGCCAGUUGGGUCUGGGUAACAAUGGGAACCAGUUGACCCCCUGUCGUCUGGCCGGACUACAGGGUCUGUGUGUACUGCAGAUUGCUUGUGGCUACGCACACUCCCUUGCCUUGACAGAUGAGGGUUUGUUGUAUGCCUGGGGUUCUAACACUUAUGGCCAACUGGGCACAGGCAACAAAAUUAAUCAGCUCAGUCCUGUUCCCAUUCUGGCAGAGAAGGAGAGGAUCGUGGAGGUCGCAGCCUGCCACUCCACGCACACGUCUGCGGCUAAAACCCAGAGCGGUCAGGUGUACAUGUGGGGGCAGUGUCGAGGCCAGUCCAUCGUCCUGCCGCACCUCACGCACUUCGCCUGCACCGACGACGUCUUCGCCUGCUUCGCCACGCCCUCGGUCAUGUGGCGUCUGCUCUCUACCGGUGCGUGUGUGUCUAGCUGUGUCAAUAUGAUCUUUUUUUUUUUUCCCCUUUCUAUUUUUUUUUCUUUUUUCAUCUUUUCAUUUUUGGUCCUAGACCAUGACGACUUCUUGACUGUGGCCCAGUCUUUGAAAAAAGAAUUUGACAACCCCGAAACUUCAGACCUUAAGUUUAGCGUGGAUGGGAAAUACAUCCACGUCCACAAAGCGAUUCUGAAAAUCAGGUGUGAACACUUCAGGUCCAUGUUCCAGUCUCACUGGAAUGAAGAUAUGAAAGAGGUGAUUGAAAUCGACCAGUUCUCCUACCCAGUCUACCGCUCUUUCCUCGAGUUCCUUUACACGGAUAACGUAGACCUGCCUCCGGAGGACGCCAUCGGACUUCUGGAUCUGGCAACAUCGUACUGUGAAAACCGGCUGAAGCGACUCUGCCAACAUAUCAUUAAGAGAGGCAUCACUGUGGAGAAUGCCUUCUCUCUGCUGUCUGCUGCAGUUCGAUAUGACGCAGAGGACUUGGAGGAGUUCUGUUUUAAGUUCUGCGUUAACCACCUGACCGAGGUGACUCAGACGACGGCUUUCUGGCAGAUCGACGGAAACAUGCUCAAGGAAUUCAUAUGCAGGGCCAGCCGCUGCGGAGCCUUCAAGAACUAAACCGCCAGCUCAAGGCCUUAGCCAAAGUUCCCUCAACCGGAUUAGCCAAGGAACCCAUCUGUUACUGCACAUAGUCCUCCACACAGCCUGGGGGCAGCGUGAAGAGUGGAGCAGGUCCUUCCACACACAUCAUGUUUAAACCUGAUGGGCAAAUGUUACUGGUCUUAUUUAACAGACUGUGGUAUAACAUUGGUAUUUGUGUUUUGGGUGAGGCUUUUCCCCUUUUGGAUCUGUGCAUGCAAUCAAGUGAUGGGGUGAUUGUGGGUUUAAUGGACAUCACAAUUUCCCUUCCUCAGCAAAUUCUUUUGCCUCUGGUUACAUGAGGGAGAAAGUCUGGCUCACUAUUAAAAUAGCUUUUUGGGUGUGAUGCAGUGCAUCGUAAAGAUUACAUUUUAUUACAUUUUGAUAACUUAAUGUUGCCGCACUUCCUUCAUGGUUGUGCCUGUUGUCUUGCAUGGAGUGCAAAAUACUACCAACACAGUAAGAAUCAGCAAAAGACUGUGUUUGUGUUCUCUGUGUAGGCACAGUGUGUUUUCAGAGAGGUGUAUGAAUGACCAAAACUGAAGUCAAAACUGAAUUUGACAUUCGUCUUAAGGGCAUUUUUCUGUUCUUUUUUUUCCCCCCCAGAUUAACAUAGUGGAUGGUCCACUGUUUAUAUUUGUUACCACUUGGGAUAAGAACCACUGUGUUUUCUUUCCUGUUUGCCAUUUUGAGCUGUGAAUUUGACAGCGUAUUCCAUUGAAGUUUUUUUUUUUUUCUCCACUUAUCUUGCCUGCUACUACAGACAUAUGUAUUGGUUUGAACAUUUGCAGCUCUGUUGCUUUAGGGCUGUUUAUUCAACAGGCGCUUACAGAGCUCUCUGAUAGUUUCCCUUUAGUUACAGGGGCGCUAUCAUGACAGGCAUCCAUGCAGGAUGUUUGCACA